UACUUUCUUCUUUUUAUCUUUUUACUUUCUGCAUCUCACUCUCUUGCUUUAUAACAUGGCGGAGCUAGAGUACCGGGAUAAUACAAGAACCACCACGCCCGCCGCUACACGUUUAAAGCUCUUCGGCUUCAACGUCUCGGAGGACGAUGAUGGUUCGGAAUCCAGCAUCUCUAGUAUCAACACGGUCAAAGUUCCACCGUCAGGGACGUCCCCGGAAGAGCCUAGUGGUUUUCCUGCUCCUUCAGGUGAACGUAAAUACGAGUGCCAGUAUUGUUGCCGUGAGUUCGCUAACUCUCAGGCCCUUGGGGGUCACCAAAAUGCUCAUAAAAAGGAAAGGCAACAGCUGAAGCGUGCUCAGAUGCAAGCCACUCGAAGCGCGGCGGCAACCGUUUCGUUCGCUAGGAAUCCCAUGAUUUCUGCUUUCGCUCCUCCGGCGCAUCUGUUAGCGUCGGCCACACCGCUUGUGGUGCCGACUGCAACGGGGCCAUCGUGGGUUUACUUACCACGUGGAGGGCCACCGCCUUUCAACUACUCACAUGGUUGUUUGAUUCCAACUGGCGGUGGUGGUGACGCUGGUGGAAGGGGGCAAGCCGGUGUACCUUAUGGCGGUGGUGGUUGUUCGGGGCUGAACGUUUGCCCACAAAUGAUGCAAGGUAGGGCCAACCAUGGUCGGACCUUUGAUGGACCCUCGUUGAGUAGGUUUACCAAAGGAGAUGGUUUUGAUGAUUCAUUGAGCUUGGAUUUGCAUCUUAGUCUUGCUCCUUCUAGGCCUUGA